AUGACAGAAGUGUUUAAAGCUACAAUAUGGCAGCACAGACAUGAAAUGCCGGGGACCAUGAGCAAAGAGGAUGCCCCGGGUCGGAGCGCUUCUUUGACGUUUACCAUCGACAACAUCCUCAACCUGAAGGAGAAGAAGGAGCAGAGGGACAGUGGGUGUGAGGAGCUGUGGGACGUCCGGAGGAGGCACGGCAGUGGACCGGACCAGACAGUGCAAAGGAAGCCCAGAGUCCACACGUCGCUGCCGACCGCAGGCUGCUGUCCCGGGGUGCAAAGUGCGCUCACAGCCGGGGAGGAGUCCCAGAAGCAGCCCGACGCAGACUCCAAGGCCAUCAAGAAGAAAACACGCACCAUUUUCUCCAAGAGACAGAUCUUUCAGCUGGAGGCCACCUUUGACAUGAAGAGGUAUCUGAGCAGCUCGGAGAGAGCUUGUCUCUCCAGCUCCCUGCAGCUCACAGAGACUCAGGUCAAGAUCUGGUUCCAGAACCGCCGCAACAAGCUGAAGAGGCAGCUGCUGUGCACAGACAUGGAGGCCGCAGAGCAGCUCCCAGAGCCGGGGAACAAUGUGCAACUACCGGCUUGUUACAAAGACAGCAGCCUGCUGGGUGGAUGUUUGUUACCCAUGCCUUUCCCUGUGGUGUACCCGACGGUACCUUACAUCUACUUCUCCAACACUGGCAAAUAUUUUGGCCUGUUUGAUGCAGACUGA